GGUAGUCGAGGCUGCUGCCGUCAUUUCUACAUGGUUUAAUCGCUAGUGAGGCAACACACUCCUUGCCUUGGGUAAUUUACUCGGGUCAUUCCGAACUGCUAGAUACCGUUACCCUACAUUCCUUCUCUCGACACUGACUUUCCAGCACGACAGCAAAGAACGACGGUUUUGCACCAGGGAUGAUUGAUUGAUACCCUCACAGCUCGGCGGUCCGUCUUGACGUCUUCAACACCUUGAACAGCUUACAUCGGGGAUAAGGCUUGCGUCAAUCACGAUCGACGCUCAAUGCAGCUACAUAUCAAACAACCACUGCUCCGACAACGAGAUGGCCGAAGCCACGCAGCGUGAGCUGCCUCCCGUGCGCCAUAGUCUAUCAAACCCGUCCGACCAGGAGGCACUUGAGUUGGACCAAAGCCAGGAUCAACCUUUUUCCACUCUCCCAGUCACAAUCACAGACAGGCGCACUCCGAGAAUUGUACGGUGGUGGAGAAGUCAUGUCUCUCUAGGUGUUCCUCAUGCGAAGUGCCGUGAUCACUUGGCAAAUGAAAGGACAUUCCUGGGUUAUCUUCGUACUGGCCAGGCGUUCGCCAUCCUAGGGGUCAUCAUAGCGCAACUGAUGCAACUUCAACAUAGCCUGCAUCCCAAUCCGGUUCUUGGCUUCUUUGUCGUCAGUGUGCCAUUAUCGUCGGUGUGCCAUGGGUCCGCUAUCCUCAUUUCUAUCCUUGGAGCUAGUCGUUUCUUUCACUGGCAACAGGAGAUGUCUCGGGGUUAUGCUCUUUUCGGUGGAUGGGAGCUCCAUUCUGUGGCAGUACUAACUACCCUGGUAUGUAGUGGCAGGCAGGCUAGGGUGUACGUGUUGACGAGAUUUAGGUUAUCGCAUGCCUAUUCUGUCUCGUGCUAGCUAUCAGCAUCAAGGAAGACUGAUGUGCGUUGCCUUCAUAUCGUCAGGGUUCAACCAGGGCACUUCGGCGGUGCUGCAUUGCAUCACUGUGACGAAGAUGUCCCGCUAUCCUCCUAUGCAACAUAGCUUCCGUAGAAGUUGGGUUCCGAUGCAUGCCGGCAAGCAAGAAAGCUAGAUUUCUUUGGUGAAGUGCAGUGAAUGGGCGAGUGGAGUUGGGCUCGCUUGACAUUUGCGUCCGGCGACGG